CGGCGGGGACAGGACAGGCCCGGUGACGAUGCCAACGGCGGUCCCGGCUCGCGGCUUGGCGGGUCGGGCCGGGCCGGGCCGCUCUCCCGCCUGUGGAGGGAGGGGCCCCUCGCCUCAGCGCCUCGCGCCUCGCCUCAGCGGCAGCGCGGGACUGCCGCCCGCCCGCGGGGAUCCGUGGCCUGCGAGCCGGUUCCAGAAGAAUGAAGGACAGGAAAAAGGGGACACUGUUCAGUCAGAAGUUCGUUUGGUGCCCAGGUGGGGCUCUGCUACGCCAUCCCCCUGAAGGCUGAGGGACCAGGACCCUGCUCUGGCUGCUGGUGCAGGUUUGAACAUCUUCAUUAUGGCAGGCAGAUGGCGUUUAAGAGGAAAUAUUACACCAACAGAUGCUCCUACCUAGUUAUUUUUGCUCAGUCUGGGCAUACAUUGAGAGGCUCUCAAGUCAUUAACAACUAUUCCAAGACCUUGCAAAGGGCUCCAUUCAAUCACCCGUGCUCCGUGGCUUUUUAUGGGAAACAGGCAGAGCCAGGACAAGCAGCCAGCAAGGGCAUACAAGGUGCACAGAGCAAGAUCUGCACUUCAUUAACAGUACUUGGAAAUAGUGACAGCUAGAAUGACCUGCUGUUCAACGUUUGUUGAACUGGAAUUAGAUACAAACCUCAAGGCUUCCAUGGAAUUAAUUGUUGGCUUAAAUGACAAUGUGGGAGACUUCAGGGUAAAAUGAGUGGAACGAGAAACAUUUAGACUUACAGCUGACAGUGUGACCCCCUGAUGAUUUCAGCGGAUUCUGACUCUUCAGUGAGCAGUGGUUUGCUGCUUGAGAAGCUCAGAGAAGCAGAGGUAGUGUCCCCGUUUGAGAAAUCCCACAGACACUUGCCAGAUAACAUGGAUGUAAAAACUGUAUUUAAAACCCAGGAAAGCCUGAGGGAUUUCUCGGAGAAUGGUGAUGACUUAAUUCCUUUUAACAGUGUGGUCAGUGUCACUGCUGGAGAAGCAGAGAAAUGCUGCAGCAGACAGGUGCAUUCCCACCCCACAAAUGUGAUCACUUCACACAAGGACAACUGUUGCCUUAGCACGGAAGACUCUGAAUCUGGUCAGUCUCUGGCAGAUGUCCAGGCUUAUAAAAAGACUGGGCUCUGGAGACCUCCAGCCACGGAUAGCCUGUUCAGUGAGCAGACAGAUACUCCCACAAUAAAUAAUUAUCUUGUAAAAGAUGAUUCUGAAAAUUCUGCCACUAUUCUGGAUGUUUAUGCAGAGGAAAUUCCAAGUGUAAGCGAUGACUUUUCUGAUGAUGACCUGGAGUAUUUUGAAUGUUCAGAUGUACUGACAGAGCUUGAAAAUGAAAUCUGGAAAAAGAAGUUAGAAUUGUUAUUAGAAAAUGAUGAUGAAGAUGAUUUAAAACUGUAUAAGGAUUGUGAUGGGUAUGCUUACUUCCUCAGUGAAAUGCCUUGUCUGUUCCAAGUGUCAGAUAACACUACGCCUAUGGAUACCACCAUUGGCUUCUGUAGUGAUCACUCAAAAUUUGAAGGAGUAAAUGUAAGGAGAGACCCCUCUAUGUACAGCCAGUCAACUGUGCAGGCAGAGAUGACUCUCACCGUUGGACACCACCGAGAUAAAAGUGCCAGUCUGAAAGACAAAGAGAAGUGUAAAGUGCCUGUUGUAUCUACAGCCGUUGGAAAUGACCAUCCUAGAACUGAAAAAGAAAACAGUGGAAGUGUCCACUCAGCUGCAGGUUUCUCAAGUGAUGAAUCAAAGAACAAGGAUUAUGUACCUGCCAAGGUGGACUCUUCUGCUGGUGGCAUAGGAGCUUCUUCCACAAAUCAGGCUUCAGAGACAAUGUCAGAAAGCAGUGUGGACAAGGACGCGCUGGGUGAAAGCUCAUUGCUGCUAGAGGAGGAGGCAAGAAGUCUGCCAGAGGAAAAUGUAAAGCAUGCUGUCUGUACCUUAACAGAAAGUCUAAGAAGAAACAUUUUAAAGUUGUUAAACCCUAAAGAACUUUGCAGAUAUGUAAGCAGUAUAGGACAGUCUUUUCAGACUGCAGCAGAGGUUAGGAAAUCCACUGCUCUGUGUCCCAGUCAGGAAGGUGGCAUUUCAACACAAAUCCCUGAGGAGCCAGAAAGCUUGCAAGAGCAGGCUGGUUUGUGUCAUACAGAAGGGGCAGAUAAAGACUCUGAUUGGGAAAGGAAAAGGACUUGGGGCCUCUCUGAGCAGAAUCAGAUGCCAAAUGGAAACAUCUCACCCAGGAAUCAAGGUGCUAGUCUCAAAGUCUUUACCCAGAAUUGUGAGAGGCUAUGUACGGAGCCUGAAAUGGAAAAGGAAGACAACUUCAUGGCUUGUGAGGGUGCAGGAGUCAUCCAGGCAGCCUCAGAAAUGCUCUGUACCGAAAAGAUACUAGAAGCAAAAUAUGCAAAUUCACAGACCUAUUCUCAACAGCAUGUUCCUUGUGGUAAGAGAGAAGGUUGUCACCACCAAGUCGACUGUGAACAAGGAAUUAAUACUAUUAGUAACAGCAAUGUAGCAAAGAAUGAUGUUUCACCUUUUCCUUUAUGGGAUACAGACUGUGCUCCUGAUAAACAAGAAUGUUUAUGUGCUGUCCUCUCAUCUGCAAAGCUAUGUGAUGAGCCACGGGAGGGGGAGCAGGGAUAUAGUUUUGAUUCCCAUGACAGCAACAACACAGAUCCUCUCUGCAGUGUACUAUGUGAUGAGUCUGUGUUUCAAGAUAAUCCCAAGUCAGCCUUGGAAUCUGGAGAACCUGAGUGCAAAGGAGAUGCUGAUACAUCUGCAGUGCAUGACAAGCUGUGCAAACUUCUUCAUGAGGAUGACUCAGACUAUCAAAUCCCAUCUGAGAACUGGGGGAUCACUAGUUUAGAAGUUAGGCCAGCAGAUAUUAAAGUCACGGAUCUGACCUUUGUACAGGAGACCUGUUCUGAUCAUGCUUUGCCAGUAAGUGUGACAGAAGAGCAGGAACUGAUUCCACAAUCUGCUGGUAGCCAAGGAACAGAGAAAGAUGACUGCAGGAUUUCCUAUAUCCUACUUGAAGCAGAUGAAGCAUGUAGCAGUGUAUCCAUAGGAAACAUUUGUCUUGCACAAGUGGUAGAAACAGAUGGUGUAUGUCUAGAUUCUAGCACUGGAAAGGAAACCGAAACACCAUCCAUUUGUGUUUCAGCAAAUAGUAUCAUCUUAAAUACAGGGGAGCACUUGGGGCAGGAGCCAAAUCAAACAUUAACUGGCAGUAAUGGGUCCAGUCAAAUGACUGUUGCUUGGGAAGGAAAGCUUUCCAUGGAGAGUGCUACCCAAACAUGUGAUGCAGAUUCUCUUCAAAGAUUAAGAAAUGCACAGAGUGGUAAUUUAGCAUGUGACAAAGAAAACACAGCUUACAUGUCAGAUAAGUCACAUGGGACACUUGGACAAUUACUCUGUACUGAGCACAACAAAUCCUUCAUAAAUGAGCCUGUAACUGGCAAUGGGUGUCAUUUUGCAGACUGUUAUCCAGCAAAAGAACUGGUUUGUGUCCCUGAAGAGAAAUAUGUUUUUCCCAGUGAAAACAUCAGUCAGUUUACACAUGAAGAACACUCUUCUGUUGACACCAUACGUGGAAGUUACGAAGAUAAUUUACAAAGUAAAGGAAAUCACUCAGAUGCUAAGGCACAAAACGAGACUAAUUCUGACAGUUAUCUUUCAAAAAGUAAUGACUGUCAAGAUUAUCAAGGUGUUUCUAAUACACAGAAAUACGGUUAUGUAAUGCAAUUGCCUAAUUUAAUUGAGGCUCCUGAAAACGUAACAUGGAAGAAUCUACCCCAAAAUAUAGAACUGACAGAAAUAGAAAAACAAGAAGUGGCAUUCUCUUCCUCUUCUGGGGAUCCAUUUUUAAGAGGUCUUUAUGUAGAAGUGCACAGAUACGAACCAUGUGAAACAGGAGAAGAACAGAGAGAAAUCUGUAUAGGUGAUGAACCAAGGGCUGAAACUUCCUGUGACUCAGGGAUUAGUCAUGUUUCAGAGAGUCAGCCAGCAGUUUCCUCUCAUAAUACUUCACAAUUUUUUGUUGAAUGCAGCUUCAAGUCUGAUGAAGAGUUAAAUCCAGAUUCUUCAAAAAAUCAGAGAUGCACAUUUGGAAGUGUACCAUCAGUUAGUACCCCGCUGCCUGGAGAGGCUCAAGAUGAGUACCUCAGCACAACAGGUGAGAAUUACAGAGACACCAAUGAUCAGUUAGAUAGCCAGCAACUGUCUGUAGAGGAAACAUUACCAUUCUUCACACCUGAAAGCCAGUCAGGGGGCCUUCUCCCCAGUCUGUCAGCAAUGGGGUGUCCUGGCACAGGAAAUCACGUAAAAAAUGAAUCCACACAAAACGCAGACAAAGCAGGUGACAGUUUGAGUAUGCUGCAAACUUUCUUCAAAGCAUUGCAGGAUCGGUUUCGUGGGGUACCUGAAGAAAACAAGGGGGAAGCAGUCUUGUGUGAAAACGAACAAGAGAUUCAAAGAGCUACUGAAUAUAACCCAGAUGAAGCUGAAAUGAAGCUUCCUUUGCACACUUUAAUUGGCUCCGAGGCUCAGAGGCCACCGAUGAAUAUUAGCACUAAGCAGCCCUGUCCUGAAUUUAUCUCUUCCAGCAAGCUAACUGAGAUUGGUAAUUCAAUUAAGUCUACUGAGUAUGCUAAAGAUGAAGAAGUCAUGACACCAGAGAGUGUGGUAAGUGCUUUAGUUAAUUUGCCACAAGUUGAUUCAGGGAACAACCAGUGUUUUCAAGAGCAACCACCCUGCAGCAGCACUCAGCCAUUCUCCCUAGCAUUGACCACGUAUGAUCCAUUCCCAGUCAAUGCAGAAAGGCUAAGAAAUCAAGAAGGGUCAAAAUCCUACCAGGCCUCACCAACUGUUGCUGAGCCUGAGCCCAUCAAAUGUAAACAAGACACAGCAAAGAGUGGGCAUUUAGCUGUUGGAGCUAAGAAGAAAUUACCACCAGCAACGCUGUCAAAAAAGCCCCGACUGGAGGAGAGAGGAAAUGCAAGCAAGGAUCCUAGCUGUGUUAAAAAGUCUGUGAAGAGUGAGGCAGGAAUGAUUCAUAAAGAAGAUAGAAAAGAGCAAAGGAAACUAGUUUUGAAAAAGGAUGACAAAGCUCCCAAGCUGCUGAAGCAAAUCCAAGCAGAGUUGUUCCCAGACUGCUCUGGAAAUAUUAAGCUAUGCUGUCAAUUUGGUGACAUUCAUGGUGACUCCACCAUUACAUGGACUAAAGAUUCCAAGUUACUAGCUCGACUCCAGAGAAGUGCCCAGGAUGACUCUCCUGUCUCUUUGGCUAUAGCUAAAGCCAGUAACAAAGACCAAGGAAUGUAUUAUUGCUGCUUGAGCAAUAUCUAUGGAAAGGUGACUGCUGAGUUUAAUCUGACUUCUCGAGUACUGGAACAUCUCUCAAGUUUUCAGAAUUGUGAAGGUGUGGAAGAAAUUGAAUUCAAGCAGCUCAUGUUUGGAGAAGAUUUCAUCAGUGACAGCUAUUUUGGUGGGAACCUGCAUGGAAUAAUAGCCACAGAAGAGCUUCACUUUGGGGAAGGCAUGCACCGGAAAGCUUUCCGGACUAAAGUGAUGCAGGGCCUUGUGCCAGUGUUCAGCCCUGGCCACCUCUGUGUUCUCAAGGUGCACAAUGCUGUCACAUAUGGGACCAAAAGUAAGGAUGAUCUAGUCCAAAAGAACUACAAGCUAGCACUGCAGGAAUGCUAUGUCCAGAAUACUGCAAGAGAGUAUGCAAAGAGAUAUGCAGCUGAAGCUGAAUCUUUGGAAGGCUUUGGGGAAGUACCAGAGAUCAUUCCUAUUUUUCUUGUUCAUCGCCCUGCUAAUAACAUCCCCUAUGCGACAGUGGAGGAGGAGCUGAUUGGGGAAUUUGUGAAAUACUCUGUCAGGGAUGGCAAGGAAGUAACUUUACUGAGAAGAGACUCAGAGGCUGGCCAGAAGUGUUGCACCUUCCAGCACUGGGUCUAUGAGAAGACCAAUGGGAACUUGCUUGUCACUGACCUGCAAGGUGUAGGAAUGAAGUUAACUGACGUUGGCAUAGCAACACUGGCCAAGGGAUACAAAGGUUUUAAAGGCAACUGCUCCAUUUCCUUCAUUGAGCAGUUCAGAGCCCUCCACCAGUGCAAUAAGUACUGUGAGAUGCUGGGGCUGAAAUCUCUCCGAACCACUCAUCAAAAACAGAGGAAAACAACAGCCAUGAAAAGCAAAAAUCUACCAAACUCAUCAACUGUAAAGAAAACAGUGCCCAAGAAAGCAAGAGAAUCUAGAGACUUCAUUUCUUCAGAGCACUGAGUUGCACUGUCCCAUCUUGUGAACUCUUCUCUCCAGGAUAUGUAGUAGUGAUGGGCACCAGUGCCCUGGUGGGGAAUAACUUUAGCCUUUUGCUUUUUCACAUUAUUUUGAAGUCAUGUUGAUGCUGAUGCCAACAACAAAGAAAGGAGCUGAUUCUAUGGUCUUGGUACCUGAGACUUAACACCUGGGCAAGGUUUUGAAGACAAACUAAGCCAUCUGCCUGGAUUAUCUUACAACCCAUUGGUGUGUACACAUUCUGAAUCUUGGACAUUGAGUGCACCACAGGUCACUGGAGUACAUCUUCCCUUCUACCUGUCUGUGCCAGUGACCCUGUGGGUUCAGCUGCUAUGUAAAUGUCAAUACAUUUAAGAUACAACUUCAUAGAAGUUUUGUACAGCUUUGUUGCUCAGGCUGCUAUAGAAAAACUGUUUUCCUUCCCAGAUCUUUGCAUAUUGUAACCCUAGUAUAAUCCUAUUUUUUAAGCUUUUUUUCUCUCACUUAUGUGUCUUUUAAUACAAGACUAAGCCAUUCAUGUUUGGAUGUAUCUGCCUUCUGCCCUCCCCUAGUUUAGAUAGCAUCUGUAAGGUUCUCACAAAAGUUCUCACAUCAGCUUAAAGACAUGCAGUCUUUCAAUUCUCCAUAGAAUUCCUGGCUUUCUAUGCAAGCUUCCUUGAAUCUACAGUUAACCCCAUGGCACAGUACUGUUAUGUUUGCACCAGUCCUGUUGUGGGAUGUUUGGAAUCUGCGUGUUGCCGAACAGCCACUCUCUGAAAUAAACCAUUACACUGGGGAGCAGUUCAGUGCCUUGCAACAUUUUCAA